UCAACCAUCGGAACAGGGAAGUGAGGAACAGACGCAGUAAAAACUUGUGUAACUAAUGGAAAUAAGUUUGAAAACCUUCGAAUGAGACGCCCGGUCACCCGCUGAGCUGCUCGGCCUCCCAUCAGCCAUGAUCCUCUGCCUCUGAGCAAAGACCGAUCGACCAGACUAACGAUGGAUCACAGACGGUCGCUGUAUUCGCUUGUGACCGUCGCGUUUAUUCUCGGGUCUCCUCCUGCGGCUUCAGCCGCUCGGCAGCCUCACGUCGUCUUCAUCCUGGCCGAUGACUACGGCUGGUACGAUGUCGGAUACCACAACUCGGAGAUCAGGACCCCGAACCUGGACAAAGUGUCCGCCAGGGGAGUCCGCCUGGAGAACUACUACGUCCAGCCUCUGUGCACCCCCUCCAGGAACCAGCUCAUGACCGGGAGGUACCAGAUUCACACAGGCAUGCAGCACCAGAUCAUCUGGCCCUGUCAGCCCUACUGCGUGCCGCUGGAUGAGAAGAUGCUGCCCCAGCUGAUGAAGGAGGCGGGGUACGCUACGCACAUGGUGGGCAAGUGGCACCUGGGCAUGUACAAGAAGGACUGCCUGCCCACACGUCGGGGCUUUGACACGUAUUUCGGCUACCUGACAGGCAGCGAGGAUUACUACAGCCAUGUGCGCUGCAGUCCCAUCUCUGCUCUGAACCUGACUCGCUGUGCGUUGGACCUGAGGGAAGGAGAAGAGGUCGCCACCGGGUACGAAGGACUUUAUUCAACAGAGCUGCUGAGCCAGAGGGCCAUCAGCAUCAUUGAAAAACACAACCCUGACAAGCCGCUCUUCCUCUAUGUGGCGCUGCAGGCUGUCCAUUCCCCUCUGCAGGUUCCAGAGCGCUACACGGCCCCUUACACUUUCAUCAAAGACCCCCACCGCAGGCUCUACGCUGGCAUGGUGUCGGCCAUGGACGAGGCGGUGGGCAACAUCACCCAGGCUCUGCAGCAGCGGGGACUCUGGGACAACGCGGUGCUCAUGUUCUCGACGGAUAACGGAGGUCAGACACUGUCCGGCGGAAGCAACUGGCCACUGCGAGGGAGGAAGUGGUCCCUGUGGGAAGGUGGGGUCCGGGGAGUCGGAUUUGUCGCCAGCCCGCUGCUGAAACGCCCCGGAACCGUCAGCCGCGAGCUGAUCCACAUCUCUGAUUGGCUGCCUACACUCGUUGGCCUGGCAGGAGGGAGCACCAACACCACAAAGCCCCUGGACGGAUUCAACGUGUGGAACGCAAUCAGCAAAGGGUUCGCCUCACCCAGGCUGGAGCUGCUGCACAACAUCGACCCUGUGUACAACGAUAUCGCUCCAUGUCCUGGCAGGGAGCGUCAGUUAACUUUGGCUCAGGUGGUCAGCGGAGACUCCCGGGCCAAAUCCGUCUUCAAUGUGUCCAUUCACGCCGCCAUUCGAUCCUCAAACUGGAAGCUGCUGACUGGCUACCCAGGCUGUGACGUUUGGUUCCCGCGGCCCGGACACAACAGCUCGGAGUCGGGCCCCUCCAAGGUGGAUCCACUGAAGCUGGUGAUGCUGUUUGACGUGGAGAAGGAUCCAGAGGAGAGGGUGGAAGUAUCCGCUCAGUUCCCCACAGUGGUGGAUCAUCUCCUCAAUCGGCUCAACCACUACCAGAAAAGUGCUUUGCCGAUAAACUUCCCCGAUGAUGACCCCAGAUGUGACCCUGGCCCCACCGGAGCCUGGGGACCCUGGGCUUAGAUGGAGAUGUCAGUGAUGAACAUUAUGAAAGUUGCAGCACUUUUUUUUUUCAAUGAAUUACAGCAGCAGGAAUCUCUUCUGUGGAGAAAAAUCUAAUUUUAGAGACAUUUACAGGUAUUUUUUUACUGUAUGAUGAUUAGAAUUUAAUUUAUAUGUUUAUCUAAAAGGCUUAUUCCAUCACACAAUCAAACAAGAGAUGCAGAAGCUCAGAGGGGACGUGUGAUUUGUUAUCUGACUGACAGAUGCUGGCGUCAUUAUUGAUCUCUCUGUCCUGAGUCGUCAGUGCUCUCAGAGGCUCGGUUAAAGCGAUUGUGUAAACUGUGUGAGCUACACAUGUUGCUGAUUUGUAGAGACUGUCUCCCUGCUGUUUCAGGUAUUUGCACUUCGUUUAUCUACCGUUGAGAAGCCGCGGGCCACACAGAAAUAUCUGUACCUAACCUGAGAAAGAUAUUUUACAACCCAAACUAUGGUGAAGAUUUUUUUUUUUUUUUUUUUUUUUUAGCUUUUUAAGGAUUAUACAGGAUAGAGACACUUCAGACCGACUGUGUGUGUGUGUGUGUGAGUGUGAGAGAAUAGGUGCACAUAAAGUUUAUUUUGGCCAGGUUAUGAAAUUUGAAGCUGCACUAAUCAGUACUUUCAUGUUGACAAUGGAUGAAGUGGAUGUGUAUUCAGCAAGGAGUCGAUCCGAGUGAUGAACAAUUAUCACUGCACCCUGCAGGUUCUCUCCGUAUUUUUGGGGGGGGGGGGUAUUUCAGCUCAUUGUUCUGGCCGUGCAACUUUAAUAUUCUCUCACCAGCAUCGUUUUCAGACGCAGCAGGUAGCUGUUUUCAGCAAAAAAAUGAUGAACCUACUGUACACAACCUUCCUCUGCACCAAACGGCACACAGACAAAGUUAGCGGCUAGUUGGUGGAGCAUGGUGGAGCAUUUAGGGGCUAAAGAGUCAGACUUUUCCCUCAGGAGCUGAUGUUAGACCUGUAGCCCCAUGAUUGUGAUCUCAGCACUUUACUUUGUGAGGAAACUGUCAUGAUCUCAUAGACGUCUGCUCUCUUCUUCCUUGACUUUGUGCUGGGAACGAUAUGCAACUGAAUCACUGAGGUCGCUGAAAGGGCGAGUGGGGACCAGGUUGCCAGAAACUCAGUUCCAAAUGAAAUCCAAUGUGUAAAAAAAUGUUUUGCUUCUUUGAUAAGUGUGCACAAAAAAUCAGUGUGUUUCGUACUGGAAAACAAAAAACUCCAUAAUAAAUGUUUGUAAAGUGGACUGUGGUUCUGGACACAGUUUGUCCAGUAUACAGCUAAUUACAAGUGGUCUUUUUUAGGUUACUUGUUUCCCUCAUUGUUGCCUUUAAAGUUAAUGAGUAGCUGCUUAAAGAGUUAGCGGUGUAUUCCUGUUGAAAAUGUGUGGAAUUUCUUGUGGACUUCAGGCAUCUCUUAUAUUAUGGCUUCAGAAAUAACUCCCACAUGCCAGUCACUCAUGAAUGUGCUGUUCUCAUGGGGGUGAUUUAGAUAGAGUCAUUCAGGUGAUAUAUAUCCUCUGUGCUGCCGUGGAAACUGAUUUUGUUCCAUAUAUUUGAUCAGUUGAGGUCAAACCAUUACAGAGGAGAAACUAAAAGGUAAAAAUCAGAUACUUCCAAAGGAGUAAUUUGCAUAUUUGGAGUCUGAGCGGGAGAAACUAAUUUCCUUAAUACAUACACCCUGUUUGACCUUUGGCCCCUUGGUGUUUGACCUCCCACCGGCAGCAGCAUGCAGACUACCACAGGAAACGCUCCCCGCAGAGAGUGGGCGGCCCCGUCCUAAUGUGGGCUGUGAACCUUAACCUGCCACUGUCAAAUGAUUGGCAGCUGAGCGAGGCAAACAACAAUGCUGGUUACUGGGGAAAACAGUGGAGCUGUAAAGCCAUUUGACGUUAGCAGGUUAGUUCAGUCGCUGAAGCUUGUUUCCUUUAUCCUCCUUGAAAAUCUGUUUCAGCACUUCUCAAUAUCAAAAUCUCCACAGCUAUGAUUGAAAGCCUUGGACAAAGUUAGUAAGCUGUAAGCUUUUAAAUAGACCUUUAAUUUGGAUUGUUUUGUAAAGUUACUACGACCAAGACCCAGAAUGAACUUUGAUGCUUAAUUAAUGAUCGGAAAUGUUAGGUCGUAUUUCCCUGAAUUAUUUAUCCAGUCGACAGUCCCUCCGUAUGGCCUGCCCGAGGCCUCUGUGUGAUGCCAGUUACUUGCUUAAAUUUUUAAAACCUGAUCCACGUCUUUGGAAAUUGUUUGUAUAUUUUCAAGCUUUUUAAGAACCUGCAGUUUCUAGUUUUAAAUAAAGCGACUGCAGGAACUCA